CCGGCCGGCGAAUCAACAGUCAAUUUUCGCAAGCGAUACAAAACAAACUUCUCGGUGCUAAAGCACUGCGCUCUCUCAAGUUCUACAAGCGAAGUAUUGAAGAAUCUUUAAAAUGUCUCUGCUACCGUUCCUGCUCGGCGACUACCCGACCCACCGCCACCGCAUCCUCGACCAGGACUUCGGCUUGGCGCUGACUCCCGACGACCUGCUCACCGCCGCCGUCGCCCCCAUGCUGUCCCGGGACUACUACCGGCCGUGGCGGCAGAUGGCGGCCGUCGCGAGGGACGUGGGCUCCACCAUCAAGGCCGACAAAGACAAGUUCCAAGUUAACCUCGACGUGCAGCACUUCGCCCCGGAGGAGAUCACCGUUAAGACCGCCGACGGCUACGUUAUCAUUGAGGGCAAGCACGAAGAGAAGCAGGACGAGCACGGCUACAUCUCCCGCCAGUUCACGCGGCGAUACGCGCUGCCCGAGGGCUGCAACCCCGACACGGUGGAAUCCAAGCUGUCCUCUGACGGAGUGCUGAGCAUCAUCGCGCCGCGAGUGGCCAAGGUGGCCGCCAACGAGCGUUCGGUGCCCAUCGCCCAGACCGGCCCCGUCAGAAAGGAGAUCAAGGACCAAACCUCCCAGGCCGACGCCAACGGUGAAAAGUGAAUGUUUAUUUAAAUUUUAUUUAAAAGGCUGAUUUUAUUUUUAAGCAAAUUUUUAAUUUGAUCUGUGAUCACUUUCAUAGUUGUAUGCGUGUUUCCCGAGUGGUUAACUAUAUUGUAUGUUUUUGUGUAAGUUUGAAAUUUAAUACUUUAAUAAAUGUCUGUAAUAUAAUAUA